AUGGCAGAUCCUCCAGGCGACCAGCCUCAGAAUGGGGAGAACCCCCAGCAGCAGGAGCCCUCCAGGCAGCCCAGCCAGCCAGACCCCGGGGGCCUGCAGCCAGAGGCAGCCCUUCCAAUGGUUUCUGAACCUGAGGGAGGCCAAGGCCCUGACCAGGACGGCUCCAUUUCUGGUGAAUACCCGGAUCAGCUACCACGAGGCAGCAUGUACCAACCCCAGGAGCCAAGGCUGAGCGUCUAUGAGCAGCCAGACGGAAGAGGCGGCAUGUACCAGCCUCACCAGGCGAGGGGAGCCCUGUUUCAGGCGAGGGGCGGCAUGCCUUGGCAGCAGCAACAGCCCCAGCUGCUGCAACCGCCCACCCUGCCCAGGGGAAGCCUCCCUCAGAUUCAAGACCCCAUGGGAGCCAUAUAUCAGGACCAAAUGCAGCAGCCGGUUACAAGAGGCAGCUUCCACGUGCCGGUGUCGAGAGGCAGCCAGAUCAUGCAACAGGAGAGCUCAGUUCACGGCCCUUACCAAGCCCACGAGCCUGGCAUCGGCCUCUACCAGUUGGGGGCCACCUUGAUGGAAGACCAGAUCCCGGAUCCAGGACCCAGAGCGUUGGCAAUAAAGAAUGCCAAAGCCUACCUGCUGAAGACGAGCCUCAAAACCGGUGUGAGCUUGUGAGUAUGGGUAGAAAUGGAACCCAAAAAAGUAAGAAUCUCGUCAAGUGGGACUGGGCAAAAUGUGGGUAGCAAAGGAGUCCGCCCAAAUGGAAUACGUGUCUCAUAGGAUGUGAUCCUGGGGCUGGGGAAAUGGCUAUAGCCCUCUGGGUGUUCGUGGGCUCUGACUAUCAUUAGCCCCAGGAUGGUUCAGUCGGUAGAGCUUGAGACUCUUCAUCCCAUGAACGUGGGCUUGAGCCCCACAUUGGGCAAAAUAUUUCUGCAUUGGGAGGGGUUGGACUAGAUGACCCUUGUGGUCCCUUCCAACUCCACAAUUCUGUGAUUUGAUGAUGGGAAUUGUAGUCCUAAUAGCAGAACUUGGAAGAGGCCAUGGAAGCUUAAGCAGGUGCACUGCACUGAUUUUGUUGCAGGUCCCGCUAAUUUCUUGUUGGCCUUAUGUGCCAAAGCACCCACCAAUUAUGUUUCAGCUUACGUGGAAUGGCCAUAUGAACAGCAGAAAAUUUUAUAUAUCUAUACUUUCAUUGUAUAUAGUUGAUUAUAGGAAGGGACUCAUCCUGCUGUAGAUGAGAUAGCAAGAUGGGGAGCAGAUGGAAUUUAUAGGCUGUAAUCCACUGCACAUUUAAAUAGGAGUAAGCCCCUUUGAAACACAGUGACACUUUCAAGUAAACAUGCAUAGGAAUGCACAGUAAUUCACCAUAAAAAAAAACCCAAAGACAUUGUUCCCUCUGUGUGCUUUAGGGCUGGAAUAAGGGGGAGGUUCUCAGAUGGCAGGACAUUAUGGCAGAGAGGAUAACAUUGUUCAUAAAUGUAACUGUUUCUUAACGGUGGCCUGAGUGCCCUCACACUAUAAUAUUAAAGCAAUGGAGCACAUAGCUUUUAAAGAGAUUUAACAGUACUUGAUAAAUAAUUGUUCAUUUUAAACGUGACAAAUUGAUGUGGGAAACUUGUGCCAAUUGCCAGGAGUUGCAUUAUGCGCACUGUUCAAUAGCUGCCUGUGAGAACAGCACAACAUUUCAUACAGUUCUCUUUAGACUGAAGUAGGAAAUUGCAACCAAUCCAGCAACCAAAUAUAAUACUGCAAUUAGAAUUUCCCUACAACAGAAAUGCUGUCUUCAAAGAAAAUGCUUAGAGCAUGGGUGGGUGACCUGUGGCUCUCCUGUGGACUACAACUCCCAUCACCCCUGGCCAUUGGCCAUACUAGCUGAGGCUGCUGGGAGUUGGAGUCCAACAACUUUUGGAGAGCUGCAGUUUCCUAACCACUGUCUUAGAGAAUACAUUGGUCUUUCACAAAUAUAUGAAACCAAUUCUAUUCAGAAUGCACUGCAGUAAGCUGAUAACAUGUCUCCUCUGGGACGGCGUGGCAUCUCUUUUCCUAAUUUCAUAGGUAUGACCAUCUUGCUGACAUGCUGGCCAAGAUUCUGGAUGAGCGACCUGAAAACCCAGCUGACAUAAUUGAGAACAUCAGUAAGGAAGUGAAGUGUGCUCGGUUCCAGAAGAAAUUGGACACUCUCCGAGACGAAUAUGAGAAACAUCCAACUUUUGAACUGGCUGAAAUGUAUAAGACAUUGUUCCAGAAAGGUGGUGGAGAAGGAACAGACCAAGAAAUGGAAGAGGAAUUGGUGAGUCACUGCAACAAAUAAAAACUGAAAAACUCAUUGACACCUGCUGAACUCUCCUCUUCCCCAUUCAGAAUGCUAGCAAUAAACUGUUAAAAGCUAGAACAGGCCAAUUCCCCUUUCUUGUUUUCUUUCUCUCACCCUCAGCUCUCUCUCAACAUUCUGUAAGUCUUGGAAGCUCAAAGGUCCUUGUCAGAACCACUGGGCUCAGUCAUUGUUGUAGAAGGAACAUAAGGAAUUUGUGUCUGGUUAAACUUAAUUAUUAAGCUCACCAUAGCCUUAACAUGCUUAUUUUUCAGGCCCAUUAAUUUGCAUACAUACAAGCAAGGCUUCAAUUUUGUUCACACUUACUUGGGAGUAAAUCCCAUUGAACUCAGUAAACUUGCACAGGAUUGGACUGCACACAAAUUUAGGAUCGCUGUGUAUAGAAGUAAAUAAUUAUUGAAAAUAAAAGCUGUUUAUAAUUAUGCUUAUCUAAUUUUGGCACUCCCCCCCCUCCAGCCAGAAACUCCUCUACCCAACGUCAUGGAGACAGCCUUCUAUUUUGAACAGGCUGGAAUUGGCUUGAGCUUAGAAGAAUAUUACCACAUAUUCCUGGCCCUCAAACAGCUGGUCAACACACAUCCCAUCCAGACUUGUCGCUUCUGGGGCAAAAUCCUAGGCAUUGAAGCAAACUAUAUUGUAGCUGAAAUUGAGUUCCGUGAGGGAGAGGAGGAGGAAGAGGCAGAGGAGGAGGAAUUGGCUGAGGAGGGACAAAAAGAGGGGAGCGAAGGCAGAGAUGAGGAUGAAGAGGAAGAUGAAGAAAAAGAUGAGCCACCAAAGCCGAACUACAAGCCACCACCAGUAAUACCAAAAGAAGAUAAUCGAACCGGGGCCAAUAAAUACACUUAUUUUGUUUGCAAUGAACCAGGGAAACCCUGGGUGAGAUUACCCCAUGUGACACCUGCGCAGAUAGUGAAUGCCCGGAAGAUCAAGAAAUACUUCACUGGAAGACUAGAUGCUCCCAUUGUGAGUUACCCACCUUUCCCAGGCAAUGAGUCCAAUUACCUGCGAGCCCAGAUUGCCCGCAUUUCAGCAGCGACCCAGAUCAGCCCAUUGGGCUUUUAUCAAUUUGGAGAAGAGGAAGGAGAUGAAGAGGAAGAGGGAGGAGCUGGAAGGGACAGUUAUGAAGAAAAUCCUGACUUUGAGCCUAUUUCUGUGCCAGAGUUGGUAGAAUCCCUUGCCAACUGGGUCCACCAUGUACAGAAUAUUCUAAUGCAGGUAUGCUUAAGGAGUUUACAGAGCAUCACACAGGGCUCGUUAAGUGCCUUUUUAUUAUAAAGGCGUCUAUCAAUAAAUAGUGAUAAAUACAUCUUACAAUCAUACAAAGAAUAUAUUUAGAUGAAACAUUGUCUUCAUUGCUUCUUGCUUGCCCAAACAGUGUUAUACCAUCCAUCAGUUUCAACUGGAUGGCCUUAUAUCCUCCCUUUUCCAACACCAAUGCAGAUGGGCUGCUUUGGCGAGUGUCCUGAACAGCUGCAGCAACUCAGCCUGAUGGUCUGUAUAGGUUCAGCAGUGCCUAGUCCUGAUAAAAGUAACCUCCCAGAAACAACACCCUCUUAGAGGCCUCUGCUUUUACAAGGGAUGGGUGGGUAGGGGGCUGAUGUUAAAGAAUAUCAGUGCAGUCGUACCUUGGAUCCCGAACGUCUUGAGACUCGAACGUUUUGGCUCCAGAAUGCCACAAACCCAGAAGUGACUGUUACGGUUUGCAAAUGUUCGUUGGAACCCGAACGUUCGACACGGCUUCCGAUUGCGUGCAGGAAGCUCCUGCAGCCAAUUGGAAGCCGCACUUUGGUUGUCGAACAUUUUUGGAAGUUGAACGGACUUCUGGAAUGGAUUCUGUUUGACAACCAAGCUACAACUGUAUCUUUCCCCACUCCCCAUCUUCCACUGCUGCCCAGCCCUCUUUUAACGGUCAGGAACAUCAGGCUGGGGAGCUAGAUAUCUGUCUGUCUGGCCCUUGGAACACUCUCCAGGCCACACCCCAAGUUCUUCCCUCACUGGAAUGUCUCCUUGAACUCUGAUGAGGCCUGUUGCUCAUCUGGAUGGAGAAAAUAAAGCAAUGUGUGAAUACACAUAGCUGUACAAAGGUAACAUCUACAUUACUUGCUCUGCUCACUUGUUUCUGGCUCUGCCCAUACACAAUAGAAUCUGGUCCUUGGGCUGAAAGGUUCCCCCACCUCUGCUCUAGAUAGAUAACACUCUGUCUUAGAGCACCCAGCUGCUUAGUCCUCCUUUUGGCCCAUGGCAUGUAGUGUCCUCCAGUUGAAGCAAGUUCAACAUUUCAUAUUGGGGCCUGUGCAUGAAAGCCAGCAGAAACAGGAGGAAAGCUACAUGUGCCUUAUGAGAGGCUGCUCUGCUUUUGCAGGGCAUGGGAUUACAUUAAAAAGGCAUAGCAGAGAUGGAGGUUAACACAAAAAUGAACACUCACAAAGAGAAAUGGGGGAAAAAUCAAGAGUGCUUUAAGAAUCCCAUCGAGUAUAAAUUCCCUCUGUUCCUUCCUUUUUGUAAGAUGCCCAUGGUUUCAUAUUAUUAGCAAAGGAAUAUUGCCUGACUGGACGCUAACGGAGUUCACAUUAAUCUUGCUUUGUAACCCAUGGUAUAUUGGAUGUAGGGACGCUGUACUUGGGUUAAUCCCUAUCAAAAAUCAGAGGAAGAAGAAGAGGAGGAUGAGGAAGAGGAGAGACCAGAUGAACAAGAAGAAUCACAAGAAGUAGGACCCCCACUUCUCACGCCACUCUCUGAAGAUGCAGGUACACCAGUGGCCAGACAUGUUUGAUGCUUUCCCCCCUUUCCUUUACAGAUAUUACAGACUUGGAGGCAUUGGCAGAAAGCAGUGCAGAAAGCAGGUGGUGGUUUGGGAUUGUAGAUCAUUAAGUGUAUAGUAUUUCUAAAAUGAAUCAACUCUUCAUAGUGAUUUUUAAUAGUAUAGUUUAAAAAAGGGGAACUCAUUUUUCCUCAAUCAAACAUGGAAGUAAGGCAACAACAGGGACUUCAGAUGGAAUGUAGAUUAAUGCUAACAUUCUUAUCAGCCAAAGAAAAUCCCGUGUUGCAAAACAGGACACUCUAAACAACAACAAGCAACACGUCGGCUACAACAACAACAAGCAAUACUAACAAAAUCUUUAUAGCAUUAUACUGUUUCAAAAUUCAUAAACAGAAGAGAUAUGAUAUGUGCAUAUGUGCAUGGAGUCGCAAAUGACAGGUAUCAAAUAAGUGUUCCAUAAACAAGAAUGGUAGGCGUGGUAAGUCACUGAGAUGGAGGCAAAAUGCCUUUCCAAGGUCAGUAGCCUAUAAAUGUAAGGUGAUAGGUGCUCCGAACAUAGCAGUAGGGUACUCCAAGCACAGCAGCAAACAGAACAGUUCUUCCAGGAUAAUGAACUAUUUCAAUGAUAAUUCUUCAUCAGGUGGCAAUGAUAUAAAAUGAAAUACAUUACAUUCAAAUACAAUAGAGAGAUUGAAAUGACAGGCCUGCAUAUAAACAACCCAUAAUAAAUACAUACCAAAUUAAUUGUCCCCAAAGGUACAUCAAUUAGCCAUGGAUCAGCAAUCACUUACAAGUGUAGCAAGCUGAUACUUUUGGCAGAACCCUAGUAGCAUUAUGAAGGCUAUCCACAGGUACAAUGAAUCACACAAAAUUUCUGUAUAGGAGAGCAUCGAUCCCACAUUAGGAUCAAGUCAUGGAGGCACCUCUAGUUGAGCACUUUGUAAUACACCAUCAUGCAGAUACAGACCUACUUUACACAGUCCUGUGGGUUAAUCAGAGAAAAUUUGGGAUGAGGAGAGAUCAUCUUAAAUUACUGUGCCAACAAAAAACCAGACUGAUUUACUUGUUUAAAUCCCUGCACCCGGGGAGUUUGAAUACUGAAUUAGAUUUCAAUUGUUUUCUGAUAAGAUGGCUACUGUUUUGUGUUCUCUUUGCUAGAUGUUGGAUACUGUAUCUUUAAAUUUCCUGAAAUUUUAUGUGAUUCAUUGCACCUGUGGAUAGGUGAUACUGAUACUGUUGGCAGAACCCUAAAGGCUAUCCCCAGGUGCAAUGAAUCACAUAAAAUUUCAGGAAAUUUAAAGAUACAGUAUGUUUAGAUCAUUUUUAUCAGGGCAUCUUCAGUAAAUCAUUGGCUUAAUCAAUCUAUCUUAGCAUUGCUUGUCUCAGUCCAUUCAAAGAACAUGGGGGCAUUCUCAUUGAAAUAUCAGUGAAACUAAAAAGAUUGAAAGCAUUUUUCUCAGAAAGACAGCCAUACUCAUGUUUUCUUCCUUAGGUUAAUAUCAACAUAAAGUUACAAAUGGUGUGAUGUAUGUAAGAGAAGUGUGCCUGUUCAGGGUUUGAGCCAGUUUGGAAGACUUAAUAUUGUAUGUGCUUCACAUUAGACAACAUUUUUGUUUAUUCCCGUCCUUCCUGAAAACAUCCCUCACUGUCCUGAUGCUGCUUUUUCUUCAAAAUCAAAUUGGUGAUUUAAGAACACUGUUUAAGAAAUGUACUGUAGCAUGUUUUAUCCUCAGGUAAAAGUUUUACACAUGCAAAAUCUCUUACUUAAUUUUUCUCAAGUAACCAAGAAUAAAUUUGUUUCUUAAACAGACAUUCAGAACAUCCCACCAUGGUCAGCAGAGACAUCAACAAACUUAGUUCCUCAAUAUGCCCUUGCAGUUCUUCAGGCCAAUUUAUGGCCUGGGGCUUACGCCUUUGCUAUUGGAAGGUAAGAAGCAGAAAUCACUUGGGUUGCUUGAUAAUCUGUUGUUUCUUCUUCUAAUUGUAUAAUCUUUCCAAAGCUGCUAUUAUGUUUUCCUUUUUUUAAAAUCAUUUCUAUUAAGUUUUCCAUUUUAAUAAUCCAAUCCAAUCACAUUAAAUAUUCCAAAUUAUACCCUGCUAUUAGGAUUUCCAAGGAACUGAUGCCAAUAGAGGCUUCUUUUGAAAUGCUAAUAGCAAUUUCAGGGAAGCCAUUUUUGGCAAGGCUGUGGAAGGGAGCGAAAGGGUUAAACGUUCACUUCUCGUCUUUCAUUUGGCCUUAAGUUUCCUUUUCAUCAUUAUCUGGAAGGAGAAGCAAGCAGUGAGUGUAUGUCACCUGAACUGUAAUGUGCAAUUCUUGUAUCAAUUAAUUGGAGGAGCAUGAUAUUGUUGUUCCAAUCAUUUUGGAAAUGAGCCAUAGUGGAGACUGUGGUGCCUUUGUGAUUUAUACAACCUGAGCCUACAAUGGAGGGGAUCGCAGCACAUCACCCCAGGAGGUUCUUGCUUUUCCUAUAGCCACAGCCUUGAAUUCCAGCAGAAAUUAGGCCUGGUUUUUUCUGACUUUCCAGCCUGCUGCUUUUGCAUCAAGCUUCUAGCUCUCAUAACUCAACUCUCCCCUCUGGCCUUUUGUCUUUCUAACUAACUUGACAGUAUAUAGCAGGCCAUUACCAGGCUGGCCUGGAUAUUCCAGCAAUCGAAUCCAUGCUGGAUCCAGAAAUUAGAAGGGGACACAUACACACACACCCCAAACAACUAACAAUACUAUGGUGUGAUGUGAUGUGAUCACAGCAUUUCCUUCGUUUGCUGUGAUUUUGGGGAAAGGUAAUGCAAUGUCACUUCACAUACUUUACUUUACUAAGGUGGCAAUCCUAUACUUAGCUCCCUGGGAGCAAGUCCCAUUGAAGUCAAGAGGGCUUUCUUUUGAGUAAGUAUGCAUAGGAUCCAGCUAUUAACCUUUCAGAUGGUAGGUGGUACAGAGGAGGAAACCUUGCAGUUAAGCUUUUGGCAGUAGCCAUAUGUCAUACAUAAAUAUAGAUCCAGCCUCAAGCCUUGGAGAGAAAGGACAGUUGGAUUUUUCUUUUCAAGUAAUAUUAUGAUAUUUCACUUCUUCCUUUAGGAAAUUUGAUAACAUCUACAUUGGCUGGGGUCACAAAUACAGUGCAGAAAAUUUCAGCCCUCAGUUGCCACCGCCCGUGCAAACUGAGUACCUUAGUGGGCCAGAAAUCACAGAAACAACAGACCCAACUGUGGAAGAAGAGAUGGCACUCAAGGCUGCACAAGAGGAAGCACUGGCAGCUGAAGAAAUGGAAGAGAUGGAUGAGGAAGAGGAUGAAGAGGAUGAUGAUUAA